CAGCGAGGCGCCGUUCUCGUAGCUGUGGCUGUGGAUGUCCCCGGGGUAGUACCAGGAGAAGAUCUCGGCGAUGAGGUAGCCGUUGGAGAAGUCCCUAGAGAACAACGACAAUAACGAGAGGUACUGGUAAGUGCUUGGACCACAGAUCUCUUGGAGAUUACAUAUGAAUGGCACCCUUCAAUUAAUCCGCUUUCACAAGAAAUUCCAAGUUCAAUCAGCUGUAAUCAUGAGCCUAUUUCCUGAUGCAAUCAUUAUAAAAGUAGAAGCCUCUCCCCGCCCCACCACACAGAUCACAGCUGCUGAAUUUAUAUUCACUGCGUGGAGAGCACAGGUGACCACAGAGAGUUCAUCAGCACAGGUAACCAUGCAGUCCGAUAAUCGAAAAAGAGCACCAGCAUGGACCGUACGGGAGGUACUGGAUCUGAUCGCUAUAUGGGGAGAGGAUUCAGUGCGAGCCGAACUACGUUUGAAAAGACGAAAUGCCAAAACUUUUGAAAAAAUCUCCAAGGGCAUGAUGGAGAGAGGCCACAAUAGGGACUCAGAUCAGUGCCGCAUGAAAGUUAAGGAGCUCAGACAAGCCUAUCAAAAAACAAAGGAGGCGAACGGUCAUUCCGGAUCAGAGCCGCAGACAUGCCGCUUCUACGCUGAGCUGCAUGCAAUUCUAGGGGGGGCAGCCACCACGACCCCACCUCUGACCGUGGAUUCUGAGGUGGGGGUAAUCUCAGCCACACCUGAGGAUUCUGUGGAUGAGGAAGAGGAAGAGGAGGAGGAAGACGAUGAGCUUGCGGAGAGCACACAGCACUCUGUUCUCCCCAACAGCCAGGAUCUUUUUCUCAGCCUGAGUGAAGUACCCUCCCAAGCCUCCCAACGCAGUAUCCAAGACCAUGACCCCAUGGAAGGGAUCUCAGCAGCUGCAAAUAUUUCAAGCCUCCCUCCUCCGUCCCGAAGGCUAUCUCAGAUCGGAAAAAGAGGACAUGAGACGAGAUGUUUGCGGAAAUCAUGGAAUCCACCCGCAAUCAAAGAGCUCAUCUGAAUGAGUGGAAGGACAUGGUAUCAAAGUACAGGAAAGAUGCCAGUGAACGUGAGGACAGGAAGGACCAACGUGAGGACAUGAGGGACCAAAGUGAGGACAGAAGGGACCAAAAUGAGAAGAGGAGAGACACUCGAGAUGAGAGGUGGCGGCAGGAAGAUCAGAGGAGGCAGGAUGCAACGCUGGAGCUGCUGCGUGAGCAAACAGACAUGCUCUGGCGUCUGGUGGAGUUUCAGGAACGGCAGCAGGAUCACAGACUGCCGCUACAACCCCUGUAUAAUCCCCCUCCCCCCUCACCAUGUUCCAUAGCCUCCUCACUGAGAUGUGUAAGAACGCGGGGCGGGGGGAGACUCCGUGCACCCUCCCAUUCCACCCCAGUGGACAGCCCUAGCAAAAGGCUGUCAUUAUUUUAACCUUUUUUUAGUGACCUUUUCCUUCCCUCCGAUCCUCCUCCCAAACCCCACCCGGGCUACC